AUGCUGAGCUGGGUCCAGAAGGUGCUGCCUCAGCCUCCAGAGACCCCUCAGAAGACUGAGGAGGACACAGAACCAGAGCCAGAACCAGAGUUGGAGCCUGAGGCAAAGCCAGAACCUGAACCAGAGCCUCCACUGGAGCCGGAACCAGAGCCAGAACCUGAACCAGCCCCCGAAGAGGAUGUGCCAGAGGACCAGACCCUGCCGCCUGAGGAGCCAAUGGAAGGGGAAGGUGUGGCUGAGGCUGGCCCUAGCCUUCAAGAGGCCCAGGAAACUGACCUUCCUCAGUCUACCCCUCAGGCCCAGGUGGCUGUUGUCAAGGUGAACAGCCCCAGCUUCUGGGUGCUGACCUGGUUCUGGAAGGGCAUGGAGAAGGUCGUUCCACGGCCUGUCUGCAGCAGCAAGGGGGACCAGAACCUGGUUGCUGGAGUGGAAGACCCAGAUCAGGCUGGAGUACAGAUUCCGGGGCCCUGUGGCACCGGGAAAUCAGGGUCUGCAGAUGGCUCAGACGAAGCUUCCAGGGCUCACGAUACUGAACCCAGCCUGUGGCUGCUCAGGUGGCUUGAGCAGAACCUGGAGAAAGUGCUGCCUCAGCCCCCUAAGCCCUCCAAGGCCUGGAGAGCUGAACCUGAACCUGAACCUGAGGCUGCUGUUUUGGACCCAGAUCCUCCAGAACUCCCAAGGAAGACAGAGCCCACAGAGAGUCCCUCCCAGCCCAAUCCUGGAACCCUGGAGCCCAAGGAGGAGCCAGCUGCAGAGCCCCAGCCUGGUUUCCAGGCCUCUUCCCUGCCACCACCUGGGGACCCUGUCAGGCUGAUGGAGUGGCUCUUACGCAGGCUGGAGAUGGCCCUGCCGCAGCCCGUGCUGCAUGGGAAGGCUGCAGUGCAGGAACCUGACUGCCCUGAGACAUGUGAUGUGCAGACCAUCAGCAUCCUCCCAGAGGAACAGGUGGAACAUGAUCUCAUUCUCGAGGAGGUGAACCCCUGCUGGGAGGACAUCCAGCAGGAAGACAGUGACAGCCAGAAGGAGGACAGUGCCAGCCAGCAGGAGGACAGUGAAGACAGUGCCUGUCAACAGGAAGACAAUGCCUGUCAGCAGGAGGACAAUGCCAGCCAGCAGGAAGACAGUGUCAGCCAGCAGGAGACAGAGGCAGCUCCCGCUUAUGAAGAAGAAAGCGAGCCCAUAGUGGAGAUGCCCAGCACCUGCCCUCAGUCCCUGAAUGAAGAAGAAUCACAGGAGCAAAAGGAAAGAGAAGAUGAGGAGGAGGAGGAAGAGGAGGAGAACGGAGAGGAAGAGGAGCCUGUUGUCCUGCUGGAUAGCUGUUUGGCGGUACAGGCUGAUGUGGACCAGUGCCAGCUAGGCAGAACACAGCCACAGAUAACAUCGCUGCAGGAGUUGCCAGAGGAGGAGGAGGUGGAGGAAGUGGAAGAGGAAGGGAAGGAGGAGGAGGACUCACGCUCAGCAGGCCUGAAUAUGGAACUGAAUCACUUGGUCCAGGACCAGCCACCUGGCCAGGAGGGACCCAGGCCUGGCCCCCCAAACCCAGCCGAGCACCUCCCCAAUGUGCCCAGCUAUCGUCCCGCAAUCACCCGCAUUCCUGUCCUCGUUUCCCGGAGGACAACCUUGUCCAACUCCAACUUCGCCAAGGAGACCAGGAGCUCCAUCCGUCGCCUGGUACCAGGCACAAAGGACCACCCAGAGCUUCAGGUAGAGGACACGGAUGCUGAUGCUGACAGUCUCCCCCUCAUCCCAGAGGAGAAGGUCCCUUCACCAGAGAGACCACCCUCUCCUACCAAAUCUGAUACCCUCAGGGUCCCGGGCUCUGCUGCAGCAGUCCACAGGAAGAAGCUACCUUCUCAGGACGAUGAAGCCGAAGAGCUCAAGGCACUGUCACCAGCUGAGUCCCCAGUGGUUGCCUGGUCAGACCCCACCACCCCACAGGAGGCUGAUGGUCAGGACCGUGCAGCCUCCACAGCCAGCCAGAACAGUGCCAUCAUCAACGACCGGCUCCAGGAGCUGGUGAAGCUGUUCAAGGAGCGCACGGAGAAGGUGAAGGAGAAGCUCAUUGACCCCGAUGUCACCUCCGAUGAGGAGAGCCCCAAGCCCUCCCCAGCCAAGAAGGCCCCAGAGCCGACCCCCGCCCAGAAGCCCGCAGAGGCGGAGGCAGCAGAGGAGGAACACUACUGCGACAUGCUCUGCUGCAAGUUCAAGCGCAGGCCCUGGAAGAUGUACCGGUUCCCCCAGAGCAUCGACCCGCUGACCAAUCUCAUGUACAUCUUGUGGCUGUUCUUCGUGGUGCUGGCCUGGAACUGGAACUGCUGGCUGAUCCCCGUGCGGUGGGCCUUCCCAUACCAGCGGCCGGACAACAUCCACUUCUGGCUGCUGAUGGAUUACCUGUGUGAUCUCAUCUACCUCCUGGACAUCACCGUGUUCCAGAUGCGCCUGCAGUUUGUCAAAGGCGGGGACAUCAUUACAGACAAAAAGGAGAUGCGUAAUAACUAUCUGAAGUCUCGCCGGUUUAAGAUGGACCUGCUCUGCCUCCUGCCCUUGGACUUCCUCUACUUGAAACUCGGAGUGAACCCCCUCCUUCGCCUGCCCCGCUGCUUGAAGUACAUGGCCUUCUUCGAGUUUAAUAACCGCUUGGAAGCCAUCCUCAGCAAAGCCUACGUUUACAGGGUCAUCAGGACCACUGCCUACCUGCUGUACAGCUUGCACCUCAACUCGUGUCUUUACUACUGGGCAUCGGCUUUCCAGGGCAUUGGUUCCACUCACUGGGUGUAUGAUGGCGUGGGGAACAGUUACAUCCGAUGCUACUACUGGGCUGUGAAAACUCUCAUCACCAUUGGAGGACUGCCUGACCCCCAGACGCUCUUUGAAAUUGUCUUCCAGCUGCUGAAUUAUUUCACAGGUGUCUUCGCUUUCUCUGUGAUGAUUGGACAGAUGAGAGACGUAGUGGGAGCCGCCACAGCAGGCCAGACCUACUACCGCAGCUGCAUGGACAGUACGGUGAAGUACAUGAACUUCUACAAGAUCCCCAGGUCUGUGCAGAACCGUGUCAAGACCUGGUAUGAAUAUACCUGGCAUUCACAAGGCAUGCUGGAUGAGUCAGAGCUGAUGGUGCAGCUUCCAGACAAGAUGAGACUGGACCUGGCCAUCGAUGUGAACUACGACAUUGUCAGCAAAGUGGCGCUCUUCCAGGGCUGUGACCGGCAGAUGAUCUUCGACAUGCUCAAGCGCCUUCGCUCGGUUGUCUACCUGCCCAAUGACUAUGUGUGCAAGAAGGGGGAGAUUGGCCGCGAGAUGUACAUCAUCCAGGCGGGGCAGGUGCAGGUACUGGGCGGUCCAGAUGGGAAAGCCGUGCUGGUGACACUCAAAGCCGGAUCGGUGUUUGGAGAAAUCAGCUUGCUGGCCGUGGGGGGCGGGAACCGGCGCACGGCCAACGUGGUAGCCCAUGGGUUCACCAACCUCUUCAUUCUGGACAAGAAGGACUUGAAUGAAAUUUUGGUGCAUUACCCUGAAUCUCAGAAGUUGCUCCGGAAGAAGGCCAGGCGCAUGCUGAGGAACAACAACAAGCCCAAGGAGGAGAAGAGCGUACUCAUCCUGCCCCCACGUGCGGGCACCCCGAAACUCUUCAAUGCCGCCCUCGCUGCAGCAGGAAAGAUGGGCGGCAGGGGCGCCAAGGGUGGCAAGCUUGCCCACCUGAGAGCCAGGCUCAAGGAACUGGCUGCAUUGGAGGCAGCCGCGCGGCAACAGCAGCUGCUGGAACAGGCCAAGAGCUCGCAGGAAGCUGGGGGAGAGGAGGGCUCCGGAGCUGCGGACCAAUCUGCGCCCCAGGAACCGCCAGAUCCCAAGAAGCCCCAGGAGCCCCCAGAGCCUCAGGAGCCCCCGGAGCCUCUGGCCCGACGCUCUCCACCGCCGGCCCAGGGGAAGCCGGAGGAUGCCACGGAGGAGGUGGCGGCUGGGCCCUCGGAGCCCCCGGAGCCCUCAGAGCCCCCGGAGCCCUCAGUGAGGAUCCGUGUGAGCCCAGGGCCGGAUCCUGAGGAGCAGACACUGUCGGUGGAGAUGCUGGAGGAGAAGAAGGAGGAAGCAGAGUGAGGCACAUGCAGUGCCCCAUGAUCCAUGAUCCCCAUCCCUGGGUGCACACCUGGCGGUAGAACUGCCUGCCUGGACAGUCUUGUGGAAACCCUCAAACCAUGGUGGUGUUCUUGAACUCUGACCAUGGGUGGAGCACCCUGCCCCCUCCCACAGUUGCUAUUUUCAAGAAGAAACUUGCCUUGCACUUUUAAAAGUUUUUAGGAGGGAACAGAAGAGGGCUCCAACAUCAUGGAGCACUCUACUAGAAAAAUCAAGGGUUGGUGAUACGGCAGGGUCCCCACCAGAACCCACCCUUGGUUUAAGUGAUGGGGAAGAGCUGGAGUAGGAACCCAGAACUGGGGAAGCUAAGGCAGGAGGAUCCUUGGAUCAAAGUCAACCAGGGUUGCAUAGUGAGAAUCUGUCUCAAUACAAACUAGUAGAGAAACAGCUUAGGAGUUCCAAGUUCCUGUAAACACAGGGGUCUCGGUGAUGGCAGUGCAGGUGAGCCAGGCACUUUGUACACUGCAGGUAAUGAUUGGCAUUCUUAUCUCACCCCUUUAAAGUUUUGCUUAUUUUAGUAGGCGAUGACAUUAAAAGUUCUCUCUGCUAUUCCUGGCACCCAUCCUCCCUGAGCACUCUCGAGCACCAAGUAACAACUGUGAAAAACCUAGUGGUUCUCUGUCAGCACACAGAGAGCAUGCUUGUAGCUGGGCAUCGUGGAGCACUGGAUGCCAAGGCAGGAGAAUCACAAGUUUGAAGUCAGCUGGGGCUACAUGACAGUACCCUAUGCCUAAAAAAGGAAAGAAGGGAAAUGCACUGGUCCAUUGGUGACGGCAGCGUAGUCCCUUGUUCAGAUGUGUGGUGACAUUUUCUCCACUGUUCAUCUGUGAGUAUUUGGGUUGCUUCCAGUCUCACAUUGUUAAGAAUAACAUCGCAGGACAUUGAGAGGGCUCAGUGAAUAAAGGCCCUUGCCACACCACUGUGCAUGCUUGACAACCUGAAUCUCUGAAACCCAUGCAAAGGUGAAAAGAAUCAGCCCCACAAAGUUGUCUUCUGACCUUCACAUGUGCACUGUGGCACACACGUACACACACACACACACACACACAUACACGCACACACACAUGCACGCAUGCAUGCACACACACAAGAGCUAACAAUGAUAAAAUCAUCUUGUACAGAAUGGGGUUGUCCUUACUGUAGAGCGCUUGUCUGGCCCAUGUGAGUCCCUGGGUUUGAUCCUCAAAACCAAAAGAAAGAUUCCUACACAGAUCUAAUCUCACAGGUACACCUUAUUUUUUUUUUUAAAGCGGGGUGAGUUUGGAGUCUAGUCAUAUUUUUUUUUUUUAGCCUUAGAUUUCUCAUGUAUCAUUCUCAUAUCUGCCCCCUAGAAUCUAAAGCCCAGGCAUAGUAAAUGCUUCCGCCCGCAGCAAGAAUUUCAGAUGUUCCUCUAAGGCAAACAUGCCGCCCUUCAGUAGACAGCAAAUUGUUUCCUGACCCCGCCACUGUGAGGUUCUGCAUCUUCCUGACCCUGCCACUGUGAGAUCCUGCUUCAUAAGGAAUCUGUUUUCUAUGACUGCACCUACUCUUUUAGAUGCUGGUCCCUGAAAAUAGUCUGCUUAUUAUAGAAAGCAAGAGGUUCUUGAGGUUCCUGGAAAGAACACUAAUUCUGAAAUGAGAUUGGCAGUGUCUUAAUUUCACCGAGCUAAAUCUCAUUCCGGAUAACAUUCUCACAGAACCCAGAUAUUAGAUAAACUGA